CCACAAAGAGCGGUCCUAGUGCCCUCCAUGUAUCCUAACCGCCAUUGAACAAACAAAACAAAAAAAAAUACGAACGACGAAGCCACCUUGGAAGUGGUCCAUGGAAAGGUUGAUAUUGCGACCUCCUGUACUGUAGAAUGUAGUAUGGACCAUAGGACAGGACGAAGAAGUCCCGUUAAGAAGCUGUGGAGGCCUAAGAUGCUCUACUAGUCUGCUGGAAAUCCAAAGAAGACGAAGGAGUAAAAAGCAAAAUGGCGUUUGAUAGAGAAGGCCUAAACGUGGCCACUGGCCAUUAUUGUUUCUCUAUUUGUAUUUAGUGCAUACAUGUACGCAUAUAUGUCGUGUAGUAGAUGAAACAUUGCUAGUCAUUGUUUGUAUCCGGAUACAUUAGUCUGAGCCCACUUUAUCGCCUCUUGUGCUAGUUAGCUUAGCUUGUUAGCUGCUAACAAAGAGACGCGGACGUUUUCAACACAUCGCUAAGUAGAGAUCAAAUGUGAGUGUAAAGUGUUGUGAUUGUGUGAAAAUGUGCGAAAGAACGAUAGCAAAGUAUGAGGAGGAACUUUAUUCAACAAAAGAGGAGAAGGAGCAACAACAUCAACUACUGGACGCUGUUUUCAAGAAACAUCAAAUUGUGUUACACAGAACAGAUGUCCAGCAGCCCCCUCACAUUAAAGAGGAAGAGGAGGCUCCACAGCCCCCCCACAUUAAAGAGGAAGAUGAGGAAGUGUGGAUCACUCAGGAGGAAGAGUGUCUUCUAGGGCAGGAGGAGGCUGAUCUCAGCAAGUUUCCACUGACUGUUGUCUCUGUGAAGACUGAAGAGCAUGAAGACAAACCACCUGAGUCCUCACAGCUUCAUCACAGUCCAAACGUCCAGCAGGUGUCAGCAGAGAGUCAUGAAAAGAUUCCCUCCAAGCAGCAGGAGUGGAGCUCCAGUGUGGGACAGAAGGAGUUACAGGCCUCAUCCCACAUUAAAGAGGAAGAGGAGGAACUGUGGGAGCAGCUUCAAAGGUUGGAGGAGGUUAAUGAUGAAGAUGAAGCUCAAUCCUUACAGCUUCAUCACAGUCAAAGUGAGGAGAACAGAGGGGCCGAGCUUGUAAGUCAACACAUCACAGAAGCUGAUGGAGAGCAUUGUGAAGAUAUAAAGUCAGAACCAGACAGCAUCUUUGCUCCACUGUCAGACAUGGACCACAUGAUGUCAGACUCUUCUGAUCACAGUGACCACAUCCAAAAACCUUUGGAGAGUAAAAAUGACUCUAAAGGUGAUACGAGACAUCACACUAACAACACACACUUUGACUGCUCUGAAUGUGGGAAAUCAUUUAGACGCAAGAGUAAUUUUACAGUACACAUGAGAAUACAUACUGGAGAGAAACCUUUUACUUGCUCUGUUUGUAAGAAGAGUUUCUCCACAAAGCAACACAUGACCAGGCACAUGAGAAUACAUACUGGAGAGAAACCUUUUGCUUGCUCUGUUUGUCAGAAGAGUUUCUCCAGAAAGCGUAACAUGACCACACACGUGAGAACACAUACUGGAGAGAAACCUUUUACUUGCUCUGUUUGUAAGAAGAGUUUCUCCAUAAAGCUUGCAAUGGCCACACACAUGAGAACACAUACUGGAGAGAGACCUUUUACUUGUUCUGUUUGUAAGAAAUCUUUCUCCAGAAAGCUUGACAUGACCAAACACAUGAGAAUACACACUAGAGAGAAACCUUUUACUUGCUCUGUUUGUAAGAAGAGUUUCUCCAUAAAGCUUGCCAUGACCACACACAUGAGAACACAUACUGGAGAGAAACCUUUUACUUGCUCUUUUUGUGGGAAGAGUUUUUCCAGAAAGCCAGACAUGACUACACACAUGAGAAUACAUACUGGAGAGAAACCUUUUACUUGCUCUGUUUGUAAGAACAGUUUCUCCAGAAAGCUUGACAUGACUACGCACAUGCGAACACAUUCUGGAGAGAAACCUUUUCGUUGCUCUGUUUGUAAGAAGAGUUUCUCCAGAAAGCGUAACAUGACCACUCACAUGAGAAUACAUACUGGAGAGAAACCUUUUACCUGUUCAGUAUGUAAGAAGACAUUCUCCAGAAAGCUUGACAUUACCAGACACAUGAGAAGACAUACCGGAGAGAAACCUUUUGCUUGCUCAGCUUGUGCUAAACGAUUCAACACUAAAUAUGAAAUUAUAUCACACAUGAGAACACACACUGGAGAGAAACCGUUUAGUUGCACUGUGUGUGUUAAAAGGUUCAGGUUUAAAAAUCAGGUCAGUAAACACAAGUGUGUAACAGACAUGGAAGCUGUAGGGAUUUAAAAACACUUAAACCGUGAUUGUGCCAAAUGUACUUUAAAAAAACAGCAUGUGUAAUAUGAAUGUAUAUUUGAUGUUGUAUGUAGUGCUUCUCAUCUAUUAGUGUUAUAUUUUGUCCUGGAAUGACUUUUUAAUGUAUGUGUAUUUAUUGAAUAUAAUAUAUGUAGUUACUAUUUAUUUAUAUUUUCUCAUUGUUAAUGUGAGGACUUCUUAUUAUUCCCUUGGGUUUUUAUCCAUUGCAUUUUUAUUGAUGUUAUUAAGUAUGAAUGAAUACAAUAACAAAAUGUGGACUCUGGUAGAUUAGCAGCAUUGUUACAUCAUGGAUGUUAACUACUGCAAAACGUCAACAAAGAAUAAAAAGGCUGAAGUUAGCAACACAUCACUGAUCUUUAGAGCCAUCGUGACUGGA